GCAGAAAGGAACAUUUCCAUACAAUCGGGAGCUUCUAUACUAGAAAUUUAAGUCAUAGCGAAGAUUGCAAUUAGAUAAAAGUGCCCCUUCCCCGACCUGCUUGUGACCUUGAGGAGCUAUACCAUGGAGGAAUAUGUUUAUAUAUGGCUUCACUGUUUAUAUCAGAAUAUAAACAUCGAUUUAAACACAGUGGCACACAAAGAUUACGAGGAGAGGGGAACACAAUAGUCCAAUAGAGAGCUUCGUUACGAUGAACUUUUGGUAUUAGAGCUCCCGAUUAGGUUACAUUUCCCUCCUCUCCUAACAACGUGUACCAAUGUGACUAUGUUUAAGUUGGAGUGUAGCUUGUAUUACCAUGCUUGGGUGAUAGGAAACCUGUCAAAUGCAGCUAUAAAUAAAUUGAAGUAAAGUAACAACGCAUAUACCAGGCAAUACCAAGGAAGGUUGUUUCCUGAACUGUCAAACGAGUCAACUACACUACAUGGUGUUUAUUGCAUUUCGUUCGUUAUUGACAGAUGUGAAAAAAUAGGUGUAACGUAAAUUCACCGCAGUAAAAUUUAUAAAACAAAUUGUAAUAAAUGUUUUGAGUAAAAGAAUAGCUAUGAGUGGUGGUUGGGUUCCCAGCAAAAGUACAGUUUAUGUAUCUAACUUACCUUUUUCAUUGACCAACAAUGAUUUAUACAAAAUAUUUGAGAAAUAUGGAAGAGUUGUCAAAAUCACAGUAGUAAAGGAUAAGAUCACAAGAAGAAGUAAAGGAGUGGCGUUUGUCCUCUUCUUGAAAAAAGAUGAUGCUGUAAAUUGCGCAAAGUCGAUGAAUGGGCAGACGCUUUUUGGUCGUGUAUUGAAGAGUAGUUUGGCUAUUGACAAUGGACGUAGUGCUGAAUUUAUUCGGCGGAAAGCCUAUCCUGAUAAGACUCGAUGUUAUGAAUGUGGUGAAGAAGGACAUAUGAGUUACAAAUGUCCUCACAAUGCCUUGGGAGAACGAGAACCACCACCAAAAAAAAUGAAAAAGAAGAAAGCUAGAAAGGAUCGAGAAGGAGAAGAAGUGGAAGAGGAAGAAGAGGAAAUGUAUGGUGAAGAUGAAUCCAAAGCUACUGUAUCUCACGUAGCUCAGUCGUCAGAUGAAGAAAUUGAAGAUGUGGAAACACUAAGCGCUGCCAUUCAACUGGAAUCCUUUACUUCAUGGGGCUGGCUAGCGUGGCUCGAGGCAGCAGUACUGAAGGCAGUUGCAGAGCCGGGAGGGCAUAGCCACGAGGGAGUUGCUGCGCCGACGCUGCCUAUACCGUCGCUGUUGCUGCUGAUG